AUGCUCAGUAUCGUCUACCGCGACUUGAAGCCGGAGAACAUCCUCAUCCGCUCUGACGGCCACAUCAUGCUCUCUGCCUUCGACCUCUCCCUGGAGUACACCUCCUCGCCCACCCUCGAGCCCAUCUCCACCUCCACCGCCGCGGACAAGGGCCACUCUGCCGUUGAAAACGGCGAGCGCUUCCUUGCCUAUCCCUCCUGCCUCCCCUUCCUCACUCGCCGGCCGCCGCCCCACAUGGCCACGAAGGCCGACCCUUGGCGCUUCGUCGCGGAGCCUGUCGACGCUCGGUCGUGCUCCUUUGUGGGUACCCACGAGUACGUCGCGCCAGAGGUCUCCUCAGGCCAGCCCCACGACAGCGCCGUCGACUGGAGGGCCUACGGUAUCCUCCUCUACGAGCUCCUCUACGGGCGCACUCCCUUCGCCGGGCCCACCAACCUGCAAACCCUCCACAACAUCGUCAUGUAG